UCUGCCCACACUUUCUGACAUGAACCUUUUGUUUGAAGUCAGAGGCUUGAGACACAAAGUAACGCCAGCAUAGGUACGUCACCAGUUAAAUGGUUGGUCAAGUUUGUUUUCGAUAGCUUGGGAAACCACCUAUGAUGUCAUCCCUCAAAAUAAACGUGUGACCACAUAGACACAACGGUCUUUUGCAUUCACAAACAUGACGUAUGAGGAAACAGCAGUUGUUAACAACCCAUAAGGGGUAGCGUUAAAGGUACAAACAAAUUUAGGGGUUUCCGAGUUUUUUGUCCAUAUCAAGCGUUCUCUCUGAGAAAAAUUUAGUUGUUUCGGGGCUAGACCGUAGUGUCUGGCAUUGAAGGUUUUCCUCGAGACAACUUAGCAGUGUUUUCUUUACUACAAACUGUACAAAAUAUGAGCUCCGACAAGCUCAAGAACGGUGACAUGGCCUUUGGUAGGCCCGUACAUGUCGACCGACGGUCUCGUAUUCGCUCGGCGGGAGUUCAGGCCGCCUGCACCGCCGCGGUGAUCUUCAGCGUGGCGGCUCUUGUGGCAGUCCUGGUGCAGAACUGGUACAUCAAGGAGCUUCAUGAUCGUGUCACCUCACUGGAGACCCUUACUAGAGACAUGUCGUCUGUGAUCAACAGCCAAAUGGCGAAUAUUGGGUCAACUGACGCUGUAUUUGGCCCCGAGGACAUGUCACCCACUGAAAAUGGCGCUGAGAUGAAGAACAAAUACCAGCCGUCUCCCUCAGCUGAUACUACCGACCACGGGCACAGGGCGAGGAGAGCGGCCAACUCUGUAACCCUUCCGUUUGGAGACUGUAUGCAGGGGCCUCCCGGUAGAGAUGGCCGUGAUGGUAUGCCAGGCCGAGACGUAGGGAAGGACCCACUGGACCGCCUGGACAGAGCGGGGCAGAUGGCCGUGACGGCCGGGAUGGUGUUCCUGGUACUCCAGGCAUCGGGAACUGUUGCUGUAACUAUACCAACUCUGAAGGGAAGGACCCGUUGGACCACCUGGACCGCCGGGACAGAGCGGAACGGCCGGGACGGCCGCGAUGGUGUUCCUGGUUCCCCCGGCCCUGCCGGUCCACCCGGGAACUGCAGCUGUAGCAGUAACGACACCGAAGGCUACAAGACUAUUACUGAGUACGGAUCGGUGUGGGAGAGGUUCUGGUGGUGGAAGGCUAAAUCAAGCUGGUCAUCAUCAAUCACAGAUGUGCUCCAACAAAGUUACGGAACAUGCGACCCAGGAAGUGACUACUGUAUGGGAAGGUUGCCGAGCGUGCUACAAGAGGACGGGACCGAGCUACUGGCCAAGGACAGCCGCGGGAACGUCUACAAGUGGGGGUUCGACUCCACCAACCCCACCGCUCACGCCGCCUGGCUGGCUUUCUACGGUCAUCAGGAGACCCCUAGCGGACAGAUUUAUAACAACAUGGCCUGGAUGCCGUCUGUUCUUGCUGGAACUGGUCCAUCACAACCUCAGGUCAGCUUCAUGUACCGUACCGAGAACGGAGUCAAGUCGCUGCUGUUGGGCGAUGACAACUGUGACUGCUACUCAACGUUGAACAUUGGCCAUGGGAUGUGUGAUGCCGGCCACGACGCUAGAUAUGGACCACGGGGCCAGUACGGAGUGGACGCCUUGUAUGACCCACACUGCAAUGUACCAGUGCCCUCUAUCGGACUGGAGCUGUACUUCAACAGGACCUGAUGAAACCAUCAGAACAAGAAUGAAGAUCAAGAAGCUUUCUACUGAAAGUGUGUCAGUCUCAAAAUCACAACAGUCAAAAAUUUAUAGCAUUAUGAUACAUUGUAUUUGAUAAUCAUAAGUAGUGGGAAAGUGCUGAAAACUAGAAAUCUCCAUUUAAACUUUUGGCAUUGGUGUAAAAUAAGACAAAACUAUUCAUCAUCAUCACCAUAUAACAAUACAAAAUGAUUAUGUAGUACUAUUGUUAAUACUCAAUUUGCGUAGUAAACUAACCUAACAAGUUUCAAAACCGCAUUAUGUAUAGUGUUACAGAUGUUUACUAGUACGUAACCGGGUGUUGUAGAUCAAACAGACACGUUCUGUUAUUCUUUGUUUGGGAGAGUCUCGGUCAUAGGUGAAAUGUGUUAUACCGACUGGAAACUAUGAAACUCACGAGCA